UCUGAUAAUGAUGCAGUCAAUGUAAUAUUUGAAUAGAAGCAGUGGAACGGUGUGAACGAACACUGGUGUCGGCGUUUUGACAUGAUUCGCCUACGAGAAGAGGUUGUACCAAAGCAGGUUAUCGAAACAGGAAAUUUUGUGAAUAUACAGAAGGACACGUUAAGUAAUAUGGUUGAUGUUCGAGCUUGCAAUAAACCAGUAGAAAGGUUGUGGUGGCGUGGAGUGCGGAGCUCCAAGUUCCGUCACGUUUACGGGCGCCCAGCUAAACGUGAAGGCUGCUAUGAGAACAUUAAGAUCACAAAGAACGCACAUGACUCCAACUUCUGUGCUGCCAAUCCCAAGUUUGUGGCUAUUGUUACAGAGGUUGCAGGUGGAGGCACAUUUCUCGUUCUUCCCAUUCACAAUACAGGAAGGUUAGACUUCAAUGCAAGUCGAAUAACAGGACACAGGGGCCCUGUUCUGGAUGUGAAGUGGAACCCUUUCAAUGACAACAUCAUUGCUUCAUGUUCAGAUGAUUGUACAGUCAAAUUGUGGUACAUUCCUGAUGGAGGACUGGCCACACAUCUGUCAGAGUGGCUCAUUGACCUUCAUGGGCAUAAGCGCCGCGUUGGAUACAUCGAAUGGCAUCCAACAGCAGAGAAUAUCCUAGUCAGUGCAGGUUUUGAUCAUUUGAUGAUAGUUUGGGAUGUUGGCUGUGGGGAAGCGGUCAAUGUGAUCGACUGCCAUCCAGAUGUCAUCUAUUCUAUGUCAUUUAACCGAGAUGGUUCACUUAUUGCUACCACCUGCAAGGACAAGAAACUAAGAAUUAUUGAACCACGUCGAGGCAUUGUUCUCUCAGAAGGAGUGUGCCAUGCUGGCACAAAGGCAUGCAAAGUAGUGUUCCUUGGUAACACUGGUCGUGUGUUGACUACUGGCUUUUCCCGCCACUCGGACCGCCAGUAUGCUGUUUGGAGCCAGAAUGACCUCUCAGCUCCACUGUGUAUUGAAACUAUUGACUGUUCGUCAGGGGUUCUCUUUCCUUACUAUGACCAUGACACUCGUAUAGUGUUCCUUGCAGGAAAGGGGGAUGGAAACAUACGGUACUAUGAGGUAGUGGACCAGGCACCAUGGCUGCACUACCUGAACCAGUUCCUCUCUGGCUCCCCUCAGCGUGGACUGGGCUUCAUGCCAAAGAGGGGCUGUGAUACUACACAGUGUGAAAUCUUCCGGUUCUACAAACUUCAUGCUACCAAGGGCAUGUGUGAACCUAUUUCCAUGAUUGUGCCUCGCAAGAGUGAUACAUUUCAGGAGGACUUGUUUCCAGACACAGCUGCCCCCACACCGGCUGUCUCAGCGCAUGACUGGAUAAAUGGGAGGAACUGCAACCCAGUUCUCAUGUCCUUGAACACUGCAGGUGUUUCCAUCCAGAUGCACAAGCCGCAACCUCCUCCUGCCAUGGUGGUUCCAAUAGCAGCACUUCCUACAACCAACAAUAACAACAUCAAGAAAUAUGCUUUUCUGUCUCAAGAAACUGUCCCUGAUUAUCGCCCCCGUGACAGUGUGCAAGUGAUACCCUUGCCACUGACAGAAAAGAGUCAGAAGACAAGCAGCAACCAGAGCACAAAGUUUCAGCAGAUACAGCAGCUCUUUGCGCAGCCCAACAUCAUGGCAAGCGAUGAAUACAAGCGAGGUGAGCGGACGGAGCAACUGGGUGACAGUCCCAAGACGGAAUUCCAGUUGCAGAGGGCGUACUCACGGCAGUGUGAGGAACUGAAGCUUUUAAGGAAGCAGUUGGCAAACAGAGAGCGACGAAUCAGAGAACUGGAGGAGCAAGUACAGACGCUACAACUGCAGCAGCGCAAGGCACAGUCUUCUCACAAGUAAUUACCAUCGCCAGCAGAGUAGUUGGGUCGCAUUUCAUUCACCAUCCCUCAUGGCACAAGACUUUGGCUGAUUCCAUUUCUACCCAUGAUUAAUAUUGUGGUUGUAAGUUAGUAGGAGAUGGAAAAAUGACAUUUUAAGGGAAGAUGGUAAUAGUUACCACUCUGUCGUACCAAAUUUGGUUACCAUGGGGUAUAAGAGGCCUAUGUAGGCUGUGUAAUACCGCAUCCAGUUGUUGUAUAGGAAAAGUGAUGCUAUUUUAUGUCCGUAUAGUUUGAUGUUAGAUGUGCAGCAGAAUAUCCAAACAAUUUUCCUUUAUCUUUAUAUAAAAACUUUUAUUUUAAAUAAGCAGGAAACAGGUAGGACAGGAUUGUUUAUAUACUAUAUUUGGGCAUAGAAAAUGUUCUGAAAAUAUAUAACUGUGGCUCAUAUAGAGUCCAUGUCUCCUGUUUUUUUCUGUUUGCUAUAGAAUGUCAUUGUUCCACAUUCCUCUGAUGCUCAUUUGCAUCACAUGACAUUUCCAUCAAAUGAAGAGAUUUAAACUGAUUUCAGUUCAUAACUGCAUUUGAAGAGAACCAUUGAUAAAUCAAGGAAAGGAUAAUUUCUUAUUUUUUCCCAUUUAUUUGACAAAGAAAUUUAGUAGCUGUUAUCAAAACACACAUAUACUUGAAAGCAAGUGAAAAUAUGUACUACACCAGAAUUUUAUGGUAUCUUUAUUUUUAAUAUUCAGUGCAGACACAUAUAUGUUGUUCACAUAUGGUCAGGAUGUUCUCUUAUUGAAUAUGAUGACCAUGCAUGAGCCCAUGGUGUUUGAUGUACACUGGAGUCUGCCUGCCUGGUUUUACAAGAAAUACAUAAAUGAAAAUUUUCUCUCUAUACAUAAUGCAAUUGAGGCUUAAGAUAUAUUAUUCAAAAGAGUUUUGGUGUUUGUAAAUUCUUAGCAUUGCAGCAUAACCCCCCUCAUAUUUACAUUGCUUCCCCCCAUGACAGAUAGGAUGGACUUCUGUUUUAGUUUUCAACUGUUGUAAUGUAAAGUAUAUCUCGUAAUAUUUUAUCAUUCCUUUUGUGCAUUUUGACAUUUUACUUAACGCUUUAAAGACUGGAUUUCUGUGACAUAAUAUAUAAAAAAGCAGUUUGUACCCCACAGGAAACAUUAUAUCUCCACUACAGAGACAAACUGGUUAAUGUUGUUUAGUGAAAUAACCUCUAUUGUGAGAACCAUAUGAAACGCACAAAUACGUUCUGUGGGCAGAAUGCAGAGUUUUAAUUUGUUAAAGCAGGUGGUACAUAUAGUAACAACUGGGUUUUAAGGGGUUAAAGAAGCUCUUUGUGCUUCAUUGUAAGGACGUUGGGUACUUGCAGGGCUGUAGAUGAGCCAGUGCAGUCCAGUCCAGGGUAGUGCAGAGCCCUGGUGCUCUUUUGACUGCUAGAGCACUGCCAUUGUACUUCCUGUGAAGUUAUGGCUUGGAAACACACAGCCCUUAUCAGUUCUUAAAUUUCUGACCUCUGAAAUAGAAACAUUGGCAGCUUUUAUUAUGUGCUCAUCAUGAAUUCUGUAGCAUUUAAUUCUGCAUUUACAAGUUAUCAGUUAACAAUGAGAAUGGGGUCACAUCUUGAUUUGAAUUGCGUGCUGAACUGCCCUGGUGGUGCUUUUAUUUUUAUGCCGACAUCUCUGGGUACUUGGUACUUCGCAAUAAAUUUUAGCAGGUAAUUUAUUUUGUGAUGUGAUAUACUGAAAUAUUUUGGUGCUGGAUUGUAGGAAUGUGGAUGUUUCACCCUUCAUAAAGGGCACAGAUUUGUUACACAUUCACACAUCUACUGAUGAAAGCAUUUAGCUUGGGAAGAUGAAGAUGAAGUAUAUAUAAGACUGAUGGUAUGUAGAUACUAUGGAGUGUAUUUUAGAAAGAGGAGCCGGAGAUGUUGCCAAGUUUGUUUUUCUAGCAAGUGCUCUUAGAUUCCUUACCUGUUUUAUGUCCAUUUAUUUAAGAAGUGUUUUGAUUGUAGUGGUUUAGCUUCUCAAAACUGAUCACCUGUGCCGAAGUGCAUAUGGCUGAUGAGUGUAGUCGUCUCAUAAGCAGUGAGUGGUGUAUCCAUAUUGAGACACAAGUCACACUUGGGUGAUAUUGGUAUUUGUGAAAUUGUAACACCAAGCUCCAUUUAUGUCUGUGUAAAGGGGAUGUACUGCCUGUUUCCAGUAUCACAGUGAUAAGAUAUGUUUUACUGAAGUGAGGAAUUAAUGUUAAAUAAGUAGCUGUAACUGCAAUGAAAUUACUUUUUUUUUAACUGGAGGUCAUGCACAAACUGCUGUUACCACAGCGUGUUAACAUAGGAGCAUCCAACAAUUGUUCAUGCAUUGCACCCUAUACUCUCUUGUGUAGUGAUCAUUUAAUCAAUAAGAGGUGCAUUUAGAUUGGUAGUGGAGAAGAUCCAGAAAAGUUGAAAGUUCCCUCAUCAUGUACGACUUUAAUUGCAUUUCUGCAAAAAAUGAAUGCACCAUUUGCAAUUUUAUGAAGGAACACUUUUGUCUUUGAUGUUCAUUGAGGAAUGUUGUUCAUAGGCAUGAAUUACCAGGCAUGCUAUAUGUUUAUCUAUAUUUUAUAUAAAUACAAAGCCAUCAUUUGCCCUGGUUGCAUUUCUGCAAUACUUCAGUAAUGACAUAAGUUGCUGCCAUGCACAGCUCAUACCUUGCCACUGCCCUGAUAUUGCACGGUCUCUGUUCUAAUAUUGCUGUCUCUGUCACUCUUGCUUGUGUAGAUGUGCAUAGCCAACCAGGUGCGGUUGUUGCAUUGUUUUGUUUCUGUUUAUUUGGCUUUUACACUUUUGUGUUUCUGUAAAGACAUAUCUCUACCAAAUAAAGGCAGGUGGCAAUUCUGUGAAACUGAAAACAAG